GUCCUUAAAAGAGGUUUAAAUCGUUAAGCAUGGAGAGUGUUCUCGUUAUGGGGAGAGCCGAGAUCGACAUGAGCCAACCAUUUCGGUCCGUGAAGGAGGCGGUCAUGCUCUUCGGAGAGAAGGUCUUAGCCCGCGAGGUCUACGCCAACCGGCUUGAUGAGGUUCAAGCUGCAGCAAACAGAAAUGAGCAUGGAGCCUCACAACUGGGAUCUAUAAUGGCAGAGCUAGAAGAAACAAAGCAGAACCUCGAGCAGGCACUUGAAGAAAGACUCAAGAUGGUGAACCACCUCAACUCCCUUGGAGAAGAGCUUGAGCAGACUAAGAUGGAGCUCAACCAAUUGAAAGCUAGAGAAACUCAGAAAAAUGUCGCAGAUUCGGAGACCGAGGACCUAAAGUUUGUUGAGAACGCAACGGAGAUUGAAAUUGAGACACCAAUGAUGAUGACUGAGGGUCUGGAGCUCCAAAAGAAGAGGUACGUUACAUUCGCCAAUGCUCCUUCCCUGUCCCAAGUCAUAAACACAGAGGAGCAGGUGUUGGGAAGGCAAAUUUCUGUGGAGAAGGAAACAAUGCCAAUGAAAAAGAAAAAGAAGCCAAUGAUCCCAUUGAUAGGAGCAAUUUUCAGUAAGAAGAAGAGUUGCCAAGAUGGUGCAUCACCUAAGGCUCGUGGUCCAUAAGAAAAUGAUAUGAGGGGUUUCAUAUGUAUAUCCGUGCCUAAAUAAUCAGAGAUAGCUUCAGUUUUUUCUUUUGGUCAUAUAUUUCCAGUAUCUCCAGAUUACUUUUUUUUUUUUAUACUAUUAGGAUGGUAA